AGUGCCAUCUACUUUCCCAGCUACUGUGUUGGGACACGGUUCACUUGAUUGGCACCUUUAGAAGUCGGACGGGAAGCGGUUAAUUGGAAAAGGUGCUGCUUUUUCACCGUUGAUAUUGAGAGUCAAAUAUCACUUGUGAUUUACACCCCAACUAUUGUUUCAGUUUUGUUUAGGAGGAUUCUAGUCGCAAGUGAUCGUUUGAACACGGCACUUAAAGCGGCAGUGCACCUGGUUGCCGGAUGCUCUUAUCCGCCUAGGCUUCCCAUAUACUCGAAAGGAACGAAAAAGCUUUCUCAUUGCGAAUCGCGCAUAUGAUUGCGUUACAAAACCAAGCUAUCCUGCCUCCCGCCAAAGUGGAUAUCUCACUGCUGUUGAAGCCCCAAGAUGAGGAAGCCGCCACACCGGUGACCACUACGUCCACCUUUCCACCAAACCCAAUCCCUCCGGCUCCAAUGGCUCCGGCAAUGCCUGUUGUUGCCUCGGCAUCGGUGCCUUCUAUACCUCUCACAAAAGGCCCCUCAUCGCUUCCUGCUAAGCGUCUUCAACCCGCUCAUACAGCAGAAUCCCCGGCGAAAAAGCAGUCAAAGUGGUCUCCUGAAGAGGACGCUUUGAUCAUCGAGUUACGUGGGAGUGGCAUGAAGUGGGAGGACAUUAGCAAACGACUUCCUGGACGAAGUGCUAUUAGUUGCCGCCUUCAUUAUCAGAACUAUCUAGAGCGCCGAAGUGAGUGGGAUGAAGACAAGAAGAAUAAACUCGCAAGAUUAUACGAAAGAUUCAAAGCAGAGAUGUGGUCCAAAGUAGCGGAAGAGAUGGCAAUCCCGUGGCGAGCUGCAGAAGCUAUGCACUGGCAGCUAGGAGAGCAAGAAAUGGCGCGCCGAGCUGGCGUAGUACCCUUUUCGUUAUCAAGUUCAGCUAUAGACCCGCCAACACCUCGGGCACGAAGAACUAGCACAUCUUUAUCUCGACCAAGAAAAGGAUCGACAUCACGCACAAUUCCCCCACCACAGCUGCCCUCCGUCGAAGAGUUGACUGCAGGAGUUCCAGCAUUUGCUCCGCCUCCACCAUUUCCUCCCCCAAGGGAGGCAUACCGAAUAGGACGACCAUUGGAUCUGAGCGGCACCCACAGUAGCCAUAUGGGCCCCAAUCUUGGCAUUCCUCCUCGUACCCUUCCUUAGGGUCAAGAAUCUCAAGCCUGUGCCUCUUUAUCGCCUCAUAUUUAUGCUUAUUAUUUUCUUUUCUUUUCUUUUCUUUUGGUUCCGUGUUCCUUGCUGCAUUCCA